AUGAUGGGAAGAGAAAGAACCACACCAGACGUCUUGGUGAAGUCACGUCAGGUUCGCCUUAAUUUUCCCCCGUCAAGGCAACCAAACACGCAAAACGACAACCGACGAAACAGGGCAAGGCGAUGCCAGGCGGUUGCGGGGGCUCGAGGAUACUCCUGGCUGAAAAUACACAGGAGAAAUCUUAAUCCGGUGUCGGACGUGAUUUCGGCACUGAAAUGA